CCUGGCUCUGUUCUCCCUGUCCCGUUGUCGCCGGCCAGGAAGGAGGGACGUGUGUCGAGUGUCGCGGAGGGAAGAUCGUGGCCGAGAGGAGAGGCCCCUGCGGCGUUGGGUGCUUGGACCUGCAGGCAGUGCACGAGGCGCUCGCCAGGGGGUCCUCUCUCGCAGGUGGCUGUGAGCAGGAGGCCUGAGCCGGGAGCGUCCGCGGCCGCGCAAGUUCCGGGGGGCUGAGGCGAGGCGCUAUGGAGGAGCUCGACGGCGAGCCGACCGUCACUUUGAUUCCAGGAGUGAAUUCAAAGAAGAAGCAAAUGUGUUUUGAUUGGGGUCCAGGGGAGAUGCUGGUGUGUGAAACCUCCUUCAACAAAAAAGAAGAAUCAGAGACUGAGCCAGGCUGCCCCUUUAUCUAUAUCAUCCGAAAGGAUAUAGAUGUUUACUCUCAGAUCCUGAGAAAACUCUUCAACGAAUCCCAUGGAAUCUUUGUGGGCCUCCAGAGAAUUGAAGAAGAAUUGACUGGAAAAUCCAGAAAAGCUCAGUUGGUCCGAGUGAGUAAGAACUACCGAUCAGUCAUAAGGGCAUGUAUGGAGGAAAUGCACCAGGUUGCAAUUGCUGCUAAAGAUCCAGCCAGUGGUCGCCAGUUCAGCAGCCAGGUCUCCAUUUUGUCAGCAAUGGAGCUCAUCUGGAACCUUUGUGAGAUUCUGUUUAUUGAAGUAGCUCCAGCUGGCCCUCUUCUCCUUCACCUCCUUGACUGGGUCCGACUGCAUGUGUGUGAAGUGGACAGUUUGUUGGCAGAUGUCCUGGGCAGUGAGAAUCCAAGCAAACAUGACAGCUUCUGGAAGUUGGUGACCAUCUUGGUGCUACAGGGCCGGCUGGACGAGGCUCGGCAGAUGCUCUCCAAAGAAGCUGACGCUAGUCCCUCCUCUGCAGGCAUGUGCCGAAUCCUAGGGGACCUGAUGAGGACGAUGCCUGUUCUCAGUCCUGGUAACACCCAGACGCUGACAGAGCUGGAGCUGAAGUGGCAGCACUGGCACGAGGAAUGCGAGCGUCACCUCCAGGACAGCACGUUUGCUGCCAAUCCCCACCUGGAGUCUCUCUGCAAGAUCAUGCUGGGAGAUGAAGCCGCUCUGUUGGAGCAGAAGGAGCUGCUGAAUAACUGGUAUCACUUCCUAGUGACGCGGCUCCUGUACUCUCAUCCCACAGUGAAACCCAUUGACCUGCACCUCUAUGCCCAGGGUUCCCUACACAGCAGCCCUCCUGUCCCCUUGAGUCUCUGCUUCCAUCUGGGAAUUGAGUGGGUCCCCAACUUUCCACAGUCCAGCCUUGACCUGUUUUUGGGAGGGGAGAGCAGCCCGGAACCCCUGGACAGCAUCUUGUUGGCGGCCUUUGAGUUUGAUGUGCACCAGGUGAUCAAGGAGUGCAGCAUCGCACUAAGCAACUGGUGGUUUGUGGCCCAUCUGACAGACCUGCUGGAUCACUGCAAACUCCUCCAGUCGCACAACCUCUACUUUGGAUCUAACAUGAGAGAGUUCCUCCUGCUGGAAUAUGCUUCGGGACUGUUUGCUCAUCACAGCCUGUGGCAGCUGGGAGUGGAUUACUUUGACUACUGCCCUGAGCUCGGCCGCGUUUCCUUGGAGCUGCACAUUGAACGCAUCCCCCUGAGCACUGAGCAGAAAGCCCUUAAGGUGCUGCGGAUAUGUGAGCAGCGGCAGAUGACCGAGCAAGUUCGCAGCAUUUGUAAGAUCUUAGCCAUGAACGCCGUCCGCAACAACCGUCUGGGCUCUGCCCUGUCUUGGAGCAUCCGAGCCAGAGACGCUGCCUUUGCCACGCUGGUGUCAGACAGGUUCCUCAAGGAUUACUGUGAGCGAGGCUCCUUUUCUGACCUGGAUCUCAUUGACAACCUAGGGCCAGCCAUGAUGCUCAGUGAUCGACUGACCUUCUUGGGAAAGUACCGCGAGUUCCACCGAUUUUAUGGGGAGAAGCGUCUUACUGAUGCGGCUUCUCUUCUCCUGUCACUGAUGACUUCCCAGAUUGCCCCACGGUCUUUCUGGGUAAUACUGCUAAUAGAUGCCUUGCCCCUUUUGGAAGAGAAAGAGGUGGUUUUUUCAGCAGAGCAAACAUACGAGUUGAUGAGAUGUCUAGAGGACUUCGCCUCAAGAAGGCCAGUGUGGAGAGAGCCUGGUGUUCAGCGAAUCCAGGAGGACGUCGAGAACACCAAGUUGGAAAUGCUGAGACUUGCUCUUGCACGCAAUCUCGGCCGUGCCAUUAUAAAGGAAGGCUCUUUGGAAGGCUCCUGAGACCACCUGAGAGCAGCUUCAACGUGGCAUCUUUGGAUGGCAAUGUAUAUACAUUUUUGAAAGAAUAAAUUUCCGCCCCCAAAUAGAAGGGAAGUUCUUAAGAGUCCA